AAUUGAGCAUCGCUAUCUGAGCAUUUUUGCCACAUUCCUCUUUGGUCCGCGCACUUCAAGAGACCUCGCACCGUCUAAACUCGACUCCAUCCAAAUCCCCACCUACCCGACAUCUCCGCGUCAUGAACCCGGCAUCCGUCACCGUCCGCGACGUAGCUCCCAGUCAGCUUAUCACCGCGUACGCUCAACACCUGAAGAAGAGCGGGGGCAUCCAACUCCCGCCCUGGGUCGACGUCGUCAAAACGGCUGUGGGCAAAGAACUCUCGCCCUACGAUAGCGACUGGUACUACGUCCGCGCCGCGUCCAUGCUGCGAAAAAUAUACCUGAACAAGAGCGUCGGAAUCGGCUCGUUCCGAAAAAUCUACGGCGCGGCCAAGACCAACGGCCUUCGACCGCAGCACUUCGCCCUGGGAUCGGGAUCCAUCGCCCGAUCCAUCCUGCGAAACCUGGAAACGAUGAGGCUCAUCGAGAAACACCCCAAAGGCGGCAGAAGAAUCACGGCAGAAGGAAGGCGAGACCUCGACAGUGUCGCUCGCAGCAUAAAACAGCGCCUGGCAGCCAACUCCUAGACGCGCCGCCCCCAUCGAGUAAAAACAAAAAAUAAAAAAUGUAUACGAAAUGA